AUGACACUGGACCUAACGCAAGGUUUAUUGAAGGAUCUUAAGAAACUUCAUGAGUCCGAUGAGGAUUGUAACGUCAUCCUAAAAAUUGGUAGAGGGUUCGACAUAAAUAAUAUUAAAAAUUGGGAUCUAAAGGUGUUUAUGCUAUUAAAAAGAAGAUUAAGUAAUUUAAUCUUGCACAUUCGAUUUUUUACCAUAUCCGCUGCCCAAUACUAUGAAGAAAUUCGUCCUUUUGCCAUGGUAUUACCAGAACAAUUGAAAGAAGAUUUAGAAAGAUAUUAUAUCGUACCAAAUAGUUUACCACCAACAUAUGCGCUACCACCAAGAAUUUUGCCGAAGCGUUCAUCAAAGGUUUUUAUAGAUCAACUAGCUACGGAACCAAAGGAGCUGGCGCCCGAUGACUGUAACGGUAGUGAUAAUAGUGCUACGUCUAAAAUGCCUAAAAAAUUUCCGACGCCCGAUGACGUCACGUCCGUUUCUUCGGCCCAGACGAAUGAGCAGACGAAUGAACCGACGAAUGAACAGACGAAAGAUGAAUCGAGGAUUCCUUUACGAAUCUCUACGUCAAUCUAUGCAAGAACCGAAUCACCGUCUUCCGGAGAUAGUUUAUUAUCCCCAAGUCCCGAAAUAGAUUUCGACUCGAUAUUAAUUAACAGAAAUCAAAUUAAACGUAUAUCACGUUGGAUUGAUGGGAUUCAUAAUGUAGUAAUUCGUGGUAACAGAAAUAAUAUAAAUAGGUUUAUUUUAUUGACGAGAGGAAGUAGGGAUGGCAUGUCAGGAGAUGAUUUUCACUCACGAUGCGAUAAUAAAGGUCCAACCAUAGUGGUGGCAAAAGUUGAUAAGACCAACGUUAUCAUCGGAGGAUAUAAUCCCAAUUCAUGGAGUAGCACGAACAAGUGGGUUGAGACGAAUCAAUGUUUUAUAUUUUCUUUCAAAUCUGAUGGGAGCAGGGAAGGGAUUGAUGAUAUUAUCCUGAGUAGAAUAAAAAAUGCAAACGUCGCCAUUUUUGACGGAGAUAGUAAUUAUGAUAUCGGAUUUAGUGAUCUACAAUUAUUUUCCGGGAUAUACGAACAUGUAAAUUAUGAAAAGAAACUUAUGAUUGAGAAAAAUUUUUCGAUUACAAAUUACGAAGUUUAUCAGGUGAAAAUGACCUAA